AUGGUCGAAAUGUUGCUCGAGAGUCUGCCUGAGCUAGCGGAGUUUGAGAAUUUGAAGUCGUCAGUUCGCUAUGAAGCCGAUACUAGUGUCUACACACCCACCAAGGUCCGUGAACUCAUAAGAGCAGCAGCAUCACGUCAGACUGAGUUUCACAGUAAGCGUGGGACUGGAACGGGGCAGAAUAUGGGACAGAAAAGCGCUGGAAACAAAGCUGGUGCUAAAGGGAAGCCCGAAAAUCAGCAACAGCAGAAGCUUACUUUUGGGUCCAAAGGAUCUAAGGAGGGUAGGAAGUGCUACGCGUGUGGUAGUGGAGAUCAUAUCAGAGCUAACUGCCCACAGAAGACGAAACAGAACACCAUCAAUGCAGGAGACAAUGACCAGAGCAGAAACAGUGAGGUCUCUGUACGCUCCGACGCACAAACACAGUUGCCAAGAUGUCAUGUCAUGACUUCAGGACAAGGAGUAGUGACUGGUGCGCUGGAUACGGAGCCCAACUCGAUUUCAAGUGUUGAUUUAAGUGGUCAAGCUCUGGGUGUGACAGAAAAAGAGUGUGACGCUGUCGAGGACAGUAACGUUAAUUGGUGGUAUUUUGAUACGGCGUCCAACGCCCAUGUGACCGGAAACCGCGCUCAGUACGUGAGUUUCACUGAAGAUACAACAACCAGCCAAAGUGUGCACGGUGUCACAAUGAACUUAGCAUCCAAGAUUGCCGGAGUUGGAACUGUUGCUGUGAAAACGUGGAUGGAUGGUGAGGAGAAGGUGUUCCAUAUCGAAGAUGUAUGCUACGUCCCAGAAGCGGAGUAUGGAUUGUUCUCACCUGGACUUGCCCUUAAACAAGGAUUCGAUUUCAAACAAGAGCAUGCGACAAUGAACUUUAGAGUGGCAGUCGCUACACCUCAUGACUCAACGUGGGGCUUCAUUACCGAGUGUACGGCGUCAAAUGAGCAGGCGGAGCGUUCUGACCCACCAAUAUGCAACUUCACUGCAGCUGAAGGUAUGGCUCCAUUGAAAACGUGGCAUGAGAGACUAGGUCAUACGUGUCCUCAGUACCUGAAGACCAUGAUUGAUCAAGGACUCGUCCAAGGAAUGAUGCUUAGUCAAAGACAACCGGCAUGUGACGCCUGUCACGUUGGCAAGCAGAACCAAUCACGUCCCAGGAAGAAGCUCAACCGCAAAACACGAGUGCCGAAUCAAUUAGUCUACGCAGACCUACUGAUACCAAGUGAGGGUAAUGGUACUCACUAUGAAGCGGUUGUCACGAUGCACCUGGUAAAGAGCAAGGCGGCUGAGGUGGUAAACGUUCACAUCAAGGAGUACGUGGCUUGGGCGGAACGUCAAGCUCGACGUAGCCAAGCUGACGGUGAAGCAAAGACCAAGUACCCCGUUCGACAAACUCUAACGGACAAAGGUGGUGAGUUCGUAAACUCGAUGAUAGCAAGCUGGUACGCGAGCAAAGGCAUCGAGCACGUAAAAGUGGGACCGAAAAGCUCUCAGCUGAACCUGUGUGGGCGCACCACCAGUCGAUCGUGGAAAUGA